AGCUUUACACACGCACACGUAUCUAGCAUAAUACAAUGCCACGCCCAAGUGACUCAAACCGCGGGGGCAGCGGUAGCGGCGGUGCACCGUCAAAUGAGGUGCGGGAGGUCAUCGAGCGGCGCACCAAAGAGCUCGCGGAGGAGUCGGCACAGCAUGAAAAGAAAUUCCUGCAGGGCCGCUGGGUUACCGACACCGCCGCCCUGCGCAACCGCGAGGCGCGCCGCCGCGAGCAGGUAAACCGUCAAGCCCCAAAAAACUUAGCGAAGGUGAACAUGUACUACCAAAUGGAGGCGGCGAACACCGGCUUGGAGCUCGACGCGCGUGAAGUGGCGGACCGGAUUAGCCAGCAGGACAUCGCGCAGGGCGUCGAUCUGCAAACGCAGCAGAAGCGCUACAGCCUCGUGCUCGACAAGCUCGGACCGUACAAGAUCGACUUCUCCAUGAACGGCACGCACCUCCUGCUGGCGGGGCUGCGCGGGCACAUGGCGAACAUCCGCUGGAAGUCGUUCCAGCUAGAAGGCGAGACGCAGCUGAAGGAUCGCGUGAGCGACGCCGUUUUCCUCGUCGACCACAGCAUGACCGCCGUGGCGCAGAAGAAGUACGUUUACAUGUACACGAAGGAGGGCACGGAGAUGCACCUCUUGUCGAAGAUGGCGAACAUGGACCGACUGGGCUACCUGCCCAAGCACAUGCUGCUCGCCGCCACCUCCUCCACCUACAGCACGAUGCAGUACCUGGACAUUAGCACCGGCGAGGAGGUCGGUGCCAAAGUACCAGCGGUGAUGCGUGACCCGACGAGCUGCCUCGCGGUGAACCCCAGCAACGCCGUCGUGGCCACCUGCGACUUGCGCGGCAUCGUCAAAUUUUGGUCCCCCUCCGUCGUCGACCCGCUGCUGCAGCUGAAGGGACACAAGGGCGUCAUUGAGGACAUCCGCUUUCACCCAAACGGCCGCUUCUUCCUCACGUUGGGCGGUGAUCACAAGAUGAAGGUGUGGGACUGCCGCACGCUGCGCCCCCUCGAGGAGUACGCCAUCACGUACAGCUUCCACACGCUGGAUAUCGCCAGCUCAGGACUGGUCGCGCUGGGCGGCGGCACGAACGUACACAUCUGGAAGGACCUGUUCGCCGCAGCCAAGCCGAGCUCCCCCUACAUGAAAUUUAAUCUCGGCUACGGCAACAUCGCGGAGCAAGUCAAAUUUUGCCCCUUUGAGGACGUCGUCGGCAUUGGACACUCGCGUGGGUUCACCUCGCUGCUGGUGCCCGGCUCCGGGGAAGCAAAUCCUGACUUCUACUACGCGAACCCGCACGAGACGGAGCGCCACCGAAAGGAGCGCGUAGUCACGAACCUGUUGGAUAAGCUUCCGCCGGACACGAUCUCGAUGGACAUUCAAAUACCCGGCGUGAAUGAGAAGCGACUGGCGGAGUACAACGAGAAUCUGCGACUCAACCGCAAAGCACGCGCGAUCCGCGAGAAGAAGAUACGCCGAGCUGCGAAGUCGCUGGGAGAGGCGGCCCCUGCGGCGCUGUUAGUUGGCAAGGAUGACGAGGUGGAGGAAGAGCUCGGCUACAAGGAGGCACCCAGGACCCGCGAGCUGAAGUCGAAGUUGGAGUUGCAGCGGGAGCGCAAGAUGGCCAAGUGGGACAAGAAGGACAGCGCCGACAAGGUGCGCAGCAAGCAGGUGCUGCGGUCGUCGCGGAUUGUCAUGCGGAACCGCGCGCAGCGGGAGCGGGACGCCCGCACCGGCGUCUUCGACGCGGACGCCUUGGAUGAGGCGGAGGCGGCGGCCCUCGCUUCGGCGGCGCGUGCGGCAACGCAGCACAAAAAGCGGCACCGACAGGAGGCGCAGGAGCUGGCAAACGACAUUCGCGGGCAACUCCGCGUGGACUUCGACGAUGCGCUCGAGCCGCAGCCGUUGCAGCGUCGCCUGCGUCCACGUGAUGCGGAAGCCGGCGCCGCGAAGGAGCAAACCAACGCGGCCCUACGGCGCUUUACGAUGUAG